GUUUGGCAACAUGGUUAUGGCCGCAGCUUGCUCUGUCGCUGCCCAGGCCGCCCAGGCCGCGCAACAUGCAGGAUGCCGACCCAGCAGCAGCCGAUCAAUUGGCAGGCCCACCCCUCAGCAACUGCGUGUGCCGGCCAGCGGCAGCGCAACGCCGGCGGCGGCUGGCAGCUCAGGCCCCGCCAGCAGCGCGCCGCGUGCUGCUGCUCGCGCGCGCCUCCACCCGCGCCGCGCCGCGUCCGCGCCCGCUGUGCUGGCUGCGGUCGCCGCCGCCUCGGGCGACGCGCAGGUGGUGCUGACGCGGGAGCAGGGCAAGAACGGCAAGCUGCGCAGGGUGCUGGAGGGGCGGGGCAUCGCCUGCUUGGAGCUCCCCAUGGUGGAGACGGCGGCGGGGCCCGACCGACAUCUGCUGCCCAAGGUGCUGGCUGAGCAGGCCGCCCAUUUCGACUGGGUGUGCAUCACCUCCCCUGAGGCCGCCUCGGUGUUCCUGGAGGGCUGGCGCGCCGCGGGGCGGCCCCCCGUGCGGCUGGCGGUGGUGGGCGAGGGCACGGGCCGCGUGUUCGAGGCGGCAGCGGCAGACGGCGCGCCGCAGCCCGAAUUUGUGCCCAGCGUGGCCAACGCCGAGCACUUUGGCCCGGAGCUGCCGUUCCUGGAGGGCGGCACCAAGCGAGUGCUGUACCCGGCGUCAAACAAGGCCAGCUCAGAGCUACAGUCGGGCCUGGCCGCGCGCGGCUUUGACGUGGUGCGCCUCAACACGUACGAUACGGUGCCGGUGACCCGCCUGGACGAGCGCCAGCUGGCGGCCGCCAGGCGGGCGGCGGUCGUCACCGUGGGCUCCCCCUCCGCCAUCAAGGCAUGGGUGCAGAUUGUGGGGGAGGAGGCGACGCAUGGGAUGUCGAUCGCCUGCAUCGGCAGCACGUCUGCAAGAGCUGCCGAGAAGCUGGGGCUGCAAGCCGUCAAGUACCCCGAGCAGCCGGGGGUGGACACCUGGGCGGCGGUGGUGGAGGACUGCUUGCGCGAGCGGCAGCUGCUGCCCGCGGCGUGA